UGUCGUUCUGGAAACCACGCGCUCCAGCAAUCUGGAUGCUGGAGGUUUACAAUAGGGUUUAGGAGGUUCCGCGACGGAAAUUGCUGCCGGAUUUGAAGGUUCUGUGUCGUGGCGAGUGUCUCUUCCUGCUCAAUUGGACACCAGGGCCUCGAAUUUUCCUGCUACUCGAGCUUCAGUUGCAUUUUCCAACUUGCGAAGUGGAGACUGGAGGAAUUUUGGGAGCUCAGUGGUAGGAGAUUGAAUAGUCUCCGCAGGUGGAUUUGCGCAGUGUAUGUUUUGAUUUGUAGGCGAGUGCGAUGGCUCUAGCUCCCCACUGUCUUGGCCAUGGGAGCUGUAUGCCUGCACACCCUUUUGGCCCAGGACAAGUUAUCGUUUCCACAAGGAUGCGAAUUGUGAUGACUUGCAGCAGUAAUAUUAUACACAAUGAGGAAACGUUGCAAUCUGAGGAUUCAAGUCGCGUUAGCAGUAGCAAAAAUGGUAGUGGAAAUGAGGGCAGCGAUGGUGAGCAGCACAAGACGCUGCGAGAGCAAUUGCGCUUGUUAAACCUGAACAGCAUGAGUAAGAGAGGGUCGGGAGCGAGGUCGGUGAAUGUGGAGACGCCCGUUAAGAGCAAUAGUCGCAGUGCUAGGCCAUCGAAGGGUGGGGGUAGCGGUACUGUAAUGAACUCUGUCGUCGUUGGACGAGUACUCGAAAUAUUAAAGACUGCAAAUGAGAGUGAAGAAGGAGUUGCGUUGGCAAUGAAACAAUUUGAAGGUUCAUUUGACCCUUACGACGUUGUCGCUAUUCUCAAUUCGUUAAAGAGUUGGAGACAGGCGCUGUUGUUGUUCAGAUGGUUGCGAGCUGAACAUAGCUCAAGUCUCAAUAUCUACACUUACAAUGUGAUGCUGAAGGUGCUACGGCGCGGGCGUCAAUGGGAGUUCUCUCAACAAAUUGCUGAGGAUAUGGCCAAUGCCGACGUUCGCCCUGAUAACAUCACGUAUAGUACGCUCAUCAGCUGUGCCAAUCGCUGCAAUUACCAGGAUGCGGCAAUGGCAUGGUUUGACAGGAUGCACGAAGCAGGGUGCGUUCCUGAUGUGGUCACUUACAGCACCAUGAUAGAUGUGUAUGGAAAAAUGGGCAAGUAUGACGAAGCCAUCGCGCUAUACGAACGUGUGAAACAAGCAGGUUGGAAGCCGGACAAGGUCACUUACGGCACCAUGGUGCGGCUUUUUGGAAGAGCAGGGUAUAUUAGAGCGGCAGUCUCUAUAUUUGAGGAAAUGAAAGGGUCUGGCGUCCAGCCCGACGCGAUUGUGUACAACAUCAUGAUCGCCUGUCUUGGUCGUGCGGGUAGGAUGGGCCACGCUCUGAAGGUUUUUGAAGAAAUGGAGCGAGAAGGAGUGAAGCCUAAUGCCGUGACACUGAGCACAGUGAUGGAAACUUACAGCAGGUGCGGCAAUGUCAUGGAGGGAUUGGAAGUUUUUCAACGUCUGCGACAGGGUGUAGCUUGUGAUGUCAUUGUAUACAAUGCAGUGCUCAAAAUGUGUAGAGAAGCUGGGUUGGCAUCUGAAGCAGAGCAGUAUUUGAGAGAGAUGACAGAGUCUGGCCAUCAGCCCAACGACUGGACUUACAGAAAUAUGAUCAGUGUAUAUGCGAAGAAGGGUAUGGCUGUGGAGGCGCAUAGAACCUUUUCACAGAUGGUUGAAGCUGGAUAUCAAAUUGAUGUUAUGGCUUACACGAGUCUUCUCCAAGCGUAUGGGAACGCCAAAGAAUACAACAAGGUCCAAGAGAUUCUGGACGAGAUGACGUCGGUGAACUGCGCUCCUGAUGAGCGGCUGUGCUGUGUAAUUCUCAAUCUUCUCGACUCAUGCGACACAGAUGAAGAGCUUGGGAUUCUCCGCAGCUGCCUGAGGAUGUGUAGCUCAACGAUGGAUACUAUUGUUGGACAGAUAUUUGAAGAGAACCUUGUGUUGAGGGAGUUACGGGGCGAGUUGCAGUCAUUGUUGAGUGACAUCACAGAGGAAGCUCACAAACCAAUUUGUAAUUCCUUAAUGCAGUUGUCUUGGCACAAGGGAGACCGCAACCACUCAUUUCAGCUUUUGUCACUCUUUCGCGUGCUGGGCGUGUACACAGGAUUGCAGACGAAAUCUCCAACUAUGUGGUCCCUGCAUCUGCGGUCUCUUUCGACUGGCGCGGCUCAUUGUGCUCUUCUGAGCUGGUUAUCAUCUGUGAGGUAUGCCAUCAAAGAAGGUCAAGAGCUUCCCGGCAGAAUUAUUAUUGAGACUGGAGUGGGCAAUCAACUGAACGCAGAUGAGUUUCGGCUUAUUGUCGUCAUUUCUUCUCUUUUGAAAGAGUGUUCCUCUCCUUUUAAAGAAUGUGCUGAUCGAAAAGACUGGUUGGAAGCCUCAGGUGUAGACGUCACGCAAUGGUUAGAGAGCACAUCUUUGGAUCUCCCCACAGUCAACACUAAUUAGAUCAGAUUAUAUAAUCACCAUUUAAGUGGAUGUGAUAACCUGGCUCUACUCUGCUCUGCUGGCCAAUUAGGUAGAAGUUAAAUGGUUACGAAUCAUAUGCUUUUCCUUGGCUUGAGUAGUGUAUAAUUUGAGGACUGAAUGAUUCUUAUCUCAUAGAUCCCCACAGAAGAGCUUUAAUUAAGUAAGAAUCCCAACGCGGAGCCUGUUUGUUAACCAAGAAUUUCUUUUAGACCCGCUAGGGGAGGCGUAAGCAUCAGAAGUGGGUAUUUCUGAAAGCCUUGAUAGUUGCUGCUUUUUCCUCAGGCUUCAGUCCUAGGGGUGUCUCAUUAAAUUUUGCAGUUAGUACAUUUGUGGUGCGUUGUGAUAUAGUUAAUCUCUACAUCAUGAAUAUAAAUGCAUUCUUAGAUGAAAAUUGUCCCCCA